AUGCAAGCGUCCAUCACUAAGUUAGAAACUCAAGUUGGUCAGCUGGCUACUAUUGUGCAUGAGAGGGCGCAAGGUACAUUCCCAAGCCAACCUGAAAUUAAUCCUCGAAAGUCUGAGCAUGCCAAGGCUAUUAGAACGCUGCGGAGUGGAAAAUCAUAUGGUCCACAAGAGAAUGAUGCACCAAAUGCUGGCCACGCUGAAGAUCAUGUCAAGAAGAGUGGUGAGGAGGUGGAUAUUACUUCUAAUAAGCCAAAAAUAGUCCCACCUACAUCAUCUAUUACAGCUGUAGCCGAGAAGCCAAAGGGAGAGAGUUACACGCCAUCCUUGCCUUUCCCACAGCGUGUUCACAAGCAAAGGAAGGACCAACACAUGUUUGAUAUUUUGGAAAUUUUUAAGAAAGUGCAGAUCAACAUUCCCUUGCUUCAAGCAAUUCAACAACUUCCUUCUUAUGCAAAAUUUUUGAAGGAUGCAUGUACAAACAAGAGAAAAUUUGCAGCUCAUGAAAAAGUGAUGUUAACUGAAGAGUGCAGUGCGGUGUUGCUCAAGAAAUUGCCUCCAAAACUAAAGGACCCAGGGAGUUUUACAAUUCCUUGUAUUAUUGGUGAUGUUCAAUUUGAUAAAGCAUUUUUAGAUUUAGGCUCAAGCAUUAACCUUAUGCCUUUGUCUAUUUUUCAGCGAUUAGGUAUUGGAGAGCUCAAAAGUACUACCGUUUCUCUUCAACUUGCGGAUAGAUCAGUCACAUAUCCUAAAGGAAUCAUUGAAGACGUGUUGAUUAGGGUGAAGCAAUUUGUGUUUCCAGCUGAUUUCUUUGUUCUUGACAUGGAGGAAGACCGCGACAUCCCACUCUUGCUCGGCCGUCCCUUCCUUGCUACAGCUGGUACAUUGAUUGAUAUGCAACAAGGAACUUUAACUUUGAGAGUUCAAGGCGAAUCCGUUGAGUUUAAGGUGUUUGAAGAUGUUGAAAAACCAAGGGACUUGAAGCCCAAUUGGACAUGUCAACUACUUGGAAAACUCCUCUACGGAUGUCUCGAAAGCCAAGUCGCCACCCCCUCCAUGCAUGAAAUGCAUGCCCACUUCUCUUGGACGUGCUGGAAUUUAUCAAUGUUUUAUCAAAAGCUUUUCCAAGAUGAGCCAGCUCUUGUGGCAUCUCCUUGCCAAGGAUCACACCAAGACAUUGCAUGA